AUGCCGGAAGUGACCAAAUUGCCUGGCCUUGAGCCAACGGCGAUCGAGGGCCCAGCUGUCCCUCAAAAUGAAGGUCCCGACGCGAACUACAAAGCCAAAGCUGAGGUUCUAAACCAAGCGAUUCAGACGAUCGGCAUGGGCCGAUACCAAUGGCAGCUCUUUGUGGUGAUCGGAUUCGGCUGGGCGAGCGAUAACUUGUGGCCGAUUGUUACGUCCCUGAUCCUCCCCGCAGUCUCAAACGAAUUUCACCCCUCGAAAGCACCGCUUUUGACACUUGCGCAAAACAUCGGGUUGCUGGUCGGUGCUGUGUUUUGGGGAUUUGGAUGCGACGUCUUCGGUCGCAGAUGGGCGUUCAACUUGACGAUCGGAAUCACGGCGGUGUUUGGCCUGGUUGCGGCGGGAUCGCCUAAUUUCGCGGCCGUUUGUACUUUUGCGGCUUUGUGGUCUGUUGGCGUCGGUGGGAAUCUGCCCGUGGACUCGGCCAUCUUUCUCGAGUUCUUACCUGGAUCUCAUCAGUACCUGUUGACUAUCUUAUCGAUUGACUGGGCUUUGGCCCAGGUCGUCGCCACUUUGAUUGGUUGGCCGCUGCUUGGGUAUAGGACUUGUGGUUCUGCAGAAGGAUGUACGAAAGCCGAAAACAUGGGAUGGCGAUGGUUUAUUAUCGCAAUGGGUGGCAUCGCAAUGAUCAUGUUCGUCGGUCGGUUUGUGUUUUUCACGGUUUUUGAGUCGCCAAAAUACCUCAUGGGGAAGGGGAGGAACGAACAGGCUGUGGAGGUUGUCCACGAAGUUGCUCGAAGAAAUGGAAAAGUCUCUGAUCUAUCGAGAACCGAUCUGGACGCCUGGGACCAGGGCGAGAUACAGAAUUUCAGCGCGGCAAACAUCGUCCGCCAACGCCUAGAAACCGUGCGGUUUGAUCAUCUCCGCGCUCUUUUCGAUACCCCAAAACGAGCAUGGGCUACAACCUCGAUCAUCCUCGUUUGGGCAUUCAUCGGUCUCGGCUUUCCACUAUACAAUGCAUUCCUUCCAUACAUCCAGCAGUCCAGAGGCGCUGAAUUUGGUGACGGAUCGACAUAUAUCACGUAUCGGAAUUCAUUGAUUAUUGCCGUUAUGGGCAUCCCAGGCUGUCUGCUCGGUGGAGUGCUGGUUGAACUGCCACGCUUUGGCCGCAAGGGUGCUCUCUCUAGUUCAACGGCUAUAACUGGAGCCUUUCUUCUUGCGUCAACAACAGCUACCACAUCAAAUGCUCUGCUAGGCUGGAACUGCGCCUUUAAUUUCAUGAGUAGUCUCAUGUAUGCCGUUUUAUAUGCAUAUACCCCCGAGAUCUUUCUCACCAAGGACCGUGGUACGGGCAACGCAUUGACCGCGUCUGCGAACCGGAUCUUUGGCAUCAUGGCUCCUAUUAUUGCAAUGUUUGCUGAUCUCACAACCGCUGCUCCUGUUUAUGUUAGCGGGGCGCUGUUCCUCGCAGCGGGAAUUCUUGUGUUGUUCAUGCCAUAUGAGUCUCGCGGAAAGGCGAGUCUGUAA